CGUAGGAACGUAAUAAAUCGGUGUCUCCAAGGAAAUAAUAUUGAUAUUUUAUGUUUUUUUAUUAAAUUUUGAGGAAUGAGGGAUGUAUUGCUCAAUUUUUGAAGAUUGAUUUAUUACGAAGGACGUUCAACGACAAAAAAAAUGUUAAGAAAUCAGUGCAUAAUAUGUCCUAUACAAGGUAGCCAUGGAUCUUAAAGAAUUAAGGGCCAACGCACCACUCAGUAUAAGCUUAAGUGAUGACAGUACUAAAUAUGUCCACAGCAGUCCAACGCUGCCAGGUAACAAAAGCAAAUCAUAUCAUGAUAUUGGAUCAAACUCAAUGGGUAAGGUGGAUGAGACGGCCGUACGGCCGUGCGCUAUCAUUGGACCAGAUCGGGUGCUCACUCAAAACACUAGUGAUGUUUAUUUAAAAAAAGCGCCAAUUGAACCUUGGCCUUGUUCAGAUAGUACAUACCGUCAACCACCUGAUUACCCAAAUAAGUUAUCCGAAUAUCCACCUAUCAGGAACAUAUCACCAAGACAAACAUUCCAAGAAAAUAUGCAGCGGAUAAUGGUUCCACCUACAUAUAAUUCCAUUAAAAAUAGUGAUGAAAGUAGCUUAAAAAAUACAAAGUUAAAUAUGCCACAAGAGGCUAAAUACUGUGAUGUGCCUUAUAAUAUGAACUCUGUGACCAAUGAACUAAAAAGUGUUAGAAAUCCUGACAUGCCUAUGUCUAAUGUUAAUCCUGCUUAUAGUAGAGCUGUACCACAUUAUGGAUGGCCUGCUGGUGUUAGUAUUCGGCCUCCGAGACCCUAUGGUGCUCCUGAAUUUUACCAGUAUCAAGAAUAUCCCAGUGGUGUUGGUCCUAGACCUGUGGCAAUACCACAUUCUCACAGGGUACAUCGUGAAGAAGCUGCUCAAGUAUAUUCGGAACGUUUUUAUCAAGAAGCUAAUAUACGGUUUAAGCCAUACCCUGUUUUGAAAGAAAAACAUCAACAAACAAGGUAUGAUUAUAUAAAUAAUUACCAAAACACUUUUCAUCCACCUGUUUCAUUCCCACCUCACAAGUAUGAUUUACAGAAAUCAAUAAACCCACAUCCAUAUCCGGUUUAUUCCCAAGUACCAUUAAAAUACUUGGAUAGGAGAGUCCAUGAAUCUUUUGUAGAUGGUUACCAAAGAUCUAAUCAACAACCAAAUUUUAAUCCACAAUUUCAUAAUCAAGUUCUUCACCCUUCAUAUGGUCCAACAUCUGGGAAUUGCAUACAAAAUAAGCCUUUUAAUGAUUUGUCAGCUAAAGCAAUGGCUGCUAAUAAGUUGCCAUUUGAAACUAAUAACAAAAUUUAUCUUGAAUUAGAUACUUCUCGUAACAAAGGUUACCCAAUGCCAGAGAAUGUUUAUUAUAAUGAAAUGAAUCAUACUCAGCAUAUGAGGAGUGAAAUUUUAGUACCAAAUCACUCCUCAUUAAAUAUGCAUUCUAUGCCACAACAUCAAAUCUAUAGAAGAGAGAAUAUACCUUUAAAACAUUAUGAGUAUAAUGUCCAUCAUAGAAAUUUAGAUCAGUCCAUAAAUUUAAAUUUUUCAUUACCGAGGAUGCCUUUACAAUUUUCACCAAACACUGUUGCGAUUUCUCCUUCUGACUCAAACACUAGUAAUGAUACUGCACAUAAUGUAGGAACAGGUCAAGAGGACUGUGGGUAUGUAAGCCAAUCAUCAACUAAUAGUGUAAGGAGUUUAGAUUCUACCAAUUUAUCAGCUCCUAAAGACAGAUACAGGAGACAUGACUACAACAUCCACACAAUUCCUCGAAAUGUCUUACAUAUUAAUGGGUCUGAAAAUAAUUCUAAAAAUAAAACAAAUUUAUCAAGCAAAAAAAACAUUGAUGUGAGACAAUUUUUACAAAUGUGGAAUGAAGGAGAAGAUGAGGCGAGUGAAUCCAAUAAAGAGAUUGUGACACAAAUUCAUCCAAGUAAUUUUUCUAUACAAUCUAAAACAAGUAAUAAUCAGGAACAACUCUAUGUUCUUGGAUUAGUUAAUGUACCUAGUGAAGAGCUUAGUAAAUACGAACACAUUCAAAAAAUUUCAAAACUUCCAGAAAAUAUAAAAGGUUAUAACAAUAUAGAAUUAUUAAAUCAAUAUGAGGAACUUUUAGAAUCACCAAUUAAUAAUAACUUUAAAAAUAUUUCAAAGGUACAUAAAGAUCACAACUCACUAUCUAAAAGACAAAACGACACAGAAACUCUAACUUUGCCUCGGCCAGUUUCUCCUUUAGAUGUAGAAGCAAAAAUUAGCCAAUCUGUUAUUCAUAAAGAAGUAGGUUGUAACUUUGAAAUUAAACCAUGUAGUCCCGAAAUGUUAAAUGUAGAAGUUGCAACACCAAUACAGAGUAUAUUAGGAGAAAGAAUAAUUGAAAAAGUUGCUAAUCCAAUCACUAAUACAUCCAAGUCACCAAGGUUAUCAAUGAAUGAAGACAAUAAAAAUCAUAAUAAUAUUAAAAUUGCAAGCUGCGAUAUGAUUAAUAAACAAUAUACUGUUAAUAACUAUGCUAAUGGAAUAAAAAACAACAAUUAUAGUGUACAAGAUUUUGAUAGCAAUUCUGGCAUAUGCUUAGCUUCUCUACCGAGAUUAGAUAACGACAUUGAGCUUAAUUUCCCUGAAAUUAAUCAACAAUUUAUAAAAGCAAAUAAAAUUGAGUCUGAUGCACGACUGUUUCAAAAAGAUUUACCGCAUUUAAAUUUCGAACAAGACACCCAUGAAAAAAACAAUUUCCAACAACACUUAGCAUCACCAUUUUGCAUGAGUUCUACGCCAGAAAAAGAAUUUUCCAAAUUAAGUAAAUAUAGAAAGAGCAAAAAAUGCGAUUUAAUGCCUAAAGAAGAUGUUCUAGAGAAAAGCAAUGUGGGUACAGCGCAGCAGCGAAUAAACAGUGUAAUUAUAAAAAAUCCAGAUACUAAAUUACCAGAUGAUACUAAUAACUCUUCCUCUAAUACAAACAACACUCUGAGUGAGAAUAUUGAUAAUAGCUAUAGUACGGAUCCAAAUUCUGAAACCCUUCUUUCUUCUUUGAGCCCUGAAAACAGUGAAGGUAACAAAAUGUUGUCUUUCGAAACAGCUAUUGAUUUUAGUCUAAAUAAAACUGACGAAACGAAACCGUACGAUUGCCUUAUUAAGUGUAAUGAUGAACCACGUUACUUCGGUGAUAGUGAUAAUAUAAAUUUCACUUCUGACACAGUAAUUGACAAAGAAAUUCUGGCAAAAGACCAACCUGUAGAGUUACAAAUUAAGCAGAUAAAAGAAAUGAAAAUCAUUGAAGAUGUUGUUAUUAACAACCAGCCAAUAGAAAAUUCGAAAAUUGAAGUAAGUGACAGUAAUGCAUCGGUAAAUUAUGAAAUGCUAACAAAUGACCCAAACAAGGACAAUAGUAUCCCAGUCAUAAAAAACAUUUCAAGUUUAACUGAAAUCGAAGAGUAUGUUAAUAUACAGCAAAAUACUACAUCUGCUACAAUCCAAGCAUGCGACAGCUUAUCUGAAACUUCCUCUGUAUUGGAAUCAGUUGACGAAGAAAGUUUAAAAAUUAAUAAAAUCUUUACAACAAUUCCCGAUGUAAUUCUUAAUAAAGUUGAUCCUUAUCUUGAUAAAAAUUUGGCUAUCGAAUUCGAAACUACACUUAACUCAGAUUUAAAAGAAGUUGAAAAUAAAGGUGAUACAAUUAACGCAAACAAAAAUAAAUGUGAUGAAGGUGAAAAAAGUCACGAUAUAUCCGAAACUAGUACAGAAUCAAAAGAGACAAUAGGAACUUCUAGUGAGAGAGAAAUAUUUACUGUCAAGGAUAAAAAUAUUAACAUAAUUACUACAAUAGACAACGGAACAGUAGAAACUGUCAUCAAAAACAAAAUUGAUGAAGAAUCUAUUUCACAUAAUGCAACUUCUGUCGAAGAAAAUAAAAAAUUAGAAUUAACUGAAGUUUUUGAUGAAAUAAAAGAAAUUGUAAAUAGUACUGAAAAUAAAAAUUCUGAAGACAAAAAAUUCUUAUUGCCAGAACAGUUUCAUACAAAUGACCAGUUUGAAGUAAAUUAUAAUGUCAUACCAAAAAUUGAAGCCUCUUUCAAUAAAUGUGGCCAAGAGACAAACAUGAUUGACGUGUCAUGUACAUUAGAUUCAGCCAUUACAUCAGAAUCUAAUAAUAACAGUGAAAAUGAUUAUUCAUCACUUAAUGAUGUUGACUUAAACACUUCAGAAAAGACUGAUAAACUUGCAAAUCAGAAUCAAGACAAAAGUUACAAUAACAAAGAAUUAGUUACAUGUACAAAAAAUAAUAUUGAAAAUCUAGAAAAUAAUGAACAAUUAAGCGCUAGUAAAGAAAAUGAAACUCGUAAAAAUGAUGUUGUUAAGUUAAUCAGUAAACUGAAUAUAACUAAAACUAUGAAAAAUCCAAAUAAGAAAGAAAAAUACAAUCAUAUUGCCAAAGAGCUCUUUUCGUCUAGGAUUCAAAAACUUCUUAUAUUUAAUGAAGGAAUUUGCAAAAACGUACCAAAUAAUAAUUUUGAUACUAUAAUAGAGGAAUUAAUCAGAGGAGAUCACUCAAAAGAAAUAAACGAUGAUGAUAAGAAAGAAAAUAGAGAUAUAGAAAUAAAUAGUGCAGUACAAAAUGAUGUCAUAGGUUUCUCUGAAAAUCGUGUAAACGAAUAUCAAAACAUUUAUUGUGGUCCUAUAAAAACCCAAACAAAUGUUGAAGAUGAUAAAAGUGUUUUGACAAAAGAUUUUAAAAAAAGUUCUGAGGAUGAAAUAUUUCUCAAUGAGGAAAACGUUUCAAAAAUCACUCAAUGUACUUCUGUUUUACGACGAAAUGUUUUAAAAAGAUCUUUGUCAGAAUCGGCAUUAGAAGAUUACAGAGAUAAUGAAAACAUUUCAUUCUUUGCGCCCACCAAACGUAAAAAAAGAAAUCAUAAUAUUAUAAAUCCUCUGAUUUCAGAAGACUUAUGUAAUAUAAUACAAACUAACCGAAGAAACUCUAUAUCAACCUUUUACAAUGAAGACAACUUAUUUAUAUUUAUAGACAAUGAUUUAAUUAUAACCGAAGCAAAUGAUGAUACAGACAAAAUGUACUACACCGAAAUACCUGAUGAAUUAUCAAAUAAUAUUACGCGAAAUGAUUCGUCGAAUGAUAAUAAUUCAACUUCUUCUCUCACUGAAAUGGUUGCAGUUGAGAGCAAUCUGCUCUGUGAUUAUUCGAAUGAUUUGGAUGUUAUUGAGGAAAAAACUCUUGAAGAAUCAUGGGUAGAAGACGUAGCUUGUAUAGAAACGGUAGUAAGUGAAGACGUAACUGCUGAUAUUGAUUACGAAGAUACGUCACAAAAAAAUAAUAAUAUAGACGAUGAAACUAUUAGCAAAGAGUCUGCUCUAUUUUGUGAUAGUAAACAUACAGACAAAAUAAAAAACAGAUACGGUAGCAAUAUGUGUAAUAACGAUACACAAAUACUGCAAACCUUAUAUAUAACCUCACAAAUGAAUGUAAACAAAACUCUUGUUGAUAUAGAAUCUCAUAGCUCAGUGAAAUAUAAAGAAUAUAAUGAUGCAUUAGAUUAUUCAUUAGAAAAUAAUGAUUAUCUUGAUAAAUCUGAAGAAGUGAUUCUUAAUUACAACAAUUGUGAGGUUAUAAAUGAAAUAGAAAACAUGAGUGGAGAAGAUACAAGUAUUACAAAAAUAAAACAAAAUGAAGAGAUAAACGACUUUUGCGUUACUAAUGAAUAUAAUGAGGACAAAGAAAAAUGCGUAGUGCACUCGUGCGAAUCGCAUAAUGAUUAUAUGAGUUCAAAAAAUAUUACCUCUAGUUAUUCAAAUUCAAGUUCACCUGAAGUGUCCUCUACAACAUCGGAGGAAAAAAAUUCGAGCAUUUUAUUAAAAAUUACAAAUCACAAUGGGUCUAGAGUGUCAAAACUUAAUGACAUUGGAUCCUUGGAUAGAUUGAGUUAUAAACUCACUGAAAAAAAGGAGUAUCAGAACUAUAACACUAAUUUUAGUACGUCAGGAACAUUAAUUACAAAAGCUGCUCAAAAAUAUAUACCACCUUUAAAAGAAACCAUACGCGAUCUCAAAAUAAAACUCACUUUACCUCAACAUCGUCUCCAUACACUGAAACAGCUACAAAUAUCCAAAGUGGAACCAAAGAUAGAUAAUAUAAUAAAAUAUAUUAAUAAUAAUACAAAACAAGAAACACCAAAAAAACAGAAACCGAAAUUCGAAGAUGUUCUAAAAAGUAUAGAUGAAAUUCAAUUUAAAAAACAUAAAGACAAAAUAAAAAGAGGAAAGAAUGGAAUACCUAAAGUAGUUAUAAAAAAAAAUGAAGAUGGGGCACAUUAUGCUAGCAGCAAGAGAUUCGAUAACAAAGAAACAUAUAACCCGGAUCUAACCGGUAGAAAAUGGCAACCUUGGGUGUUCCUUGAAAAAAAUAAUUUCAUUGAUAAAAUGGCAAUUAAGAAAAAAGUGAACGCCGUGUAUUGCCACCGUAAAAAAAAUUACGUAUUAGCGGAAAAGUUUCGAAAAUAUAAAUCAAUUUAUAAUGCAAAUUUUGUCAUAUCCCAACCCAGCUCUGACAAUUCAUCAAAGGGAACCUUGAAAUAUACAAUUAGGUUAAAGCACAAAUAAUAUUUAUGCGCUUUCCUGACUUGGACACAUGAUUUUAAGCCAUCCUGGCUGUUCCUAAUAAUACAUCCCACCACAAAACGGUCUUUAAGUCUAUCAAAUACAUUCCUCUAUUGCAUCAAAGAUUUAUAUUUAUAGUUACCCAUAUAAGUUCGCUACUUAGAUUUAUUUAAAUUAUUAUUAAACAAAGCCAAAAUGCAAUACGAAGUGAUAAAUAUUAUGUAUGGUUACAAUAAUUACGCAACCUGAUCAGAUCUGUAAUUUGUUGAUUUGUUAAAAUUCUAUUGUUUUGUUACUUCUCUCAUUCCUUUUUAAAAAUAAUUAAUCGCAAAUUAAAAUUUUGAUUCCUAUUGUUUAUUAUUGUUAUAAUGUUUAACGUUAAAGCACGGUAGCCAUAAUGAGUAUUAAUAUUGUUCUUUUUUUAAAAUCGUAACGAUUUAGUAAUUAAGUAUUUUUGAAAUUGUAAAUAGAUAAGAGUAUCAAUGUUAUGUCAUAAGUUUUAUUGAAAACAUAAUACAUUUUUUCUUUGAAAAAACUGCAUUACUCAGUUGUUGAUUGUGCGAUUAUUAAACAUUUUCUAGAUUUUAUAUAAUUUAUAUUGCUCACGUAAAUUUAAGCUCACCAAAAUUUUGAAGUUAGAAAAAAGACGAAAUAUAAAUUUCAUCUAAAGUACAAAAAUUCGCAGUCAGUAAAUAUUGUGAACUAAAAUUUUAUAUUUUCUCGCGACCGUUGCACCACAUCGACAAAAGUGUUAAAGUUUUUAAAACCGUUUGUAUGUGUUUUGUGUAUCACCGUUUGACGUGAGUAAAAAUUUGAAAUUUGUUCUCAAUGUCAUAUGUAUUGUAUUUUGACGUUCAUUUAAAUAUAUCUGUAAAUAUUGUAUCCCUUUCCGUAGACAUAAAAAUGUGUAUGAUGUUUGCAUGAUUUACUAAAAACAUUGUUUUAAUUAACGAAAUACUCAAGAAUUUCUGUGUUCGCGGGUUUAUCAACAUUUUAAAGAUUUCUCCUCAAACAAUUUAGAACUAAAUAGAUAAAAAAAAACACGAAGUGCCUGUUAACUAUUGUUAUGAAAACGAUAUAAAAUAAUUCUUAUAGAAAUCUUUAUUUGAAACCAAAUUAAUAUUUACAUUAUUUUAUAUCAUGCGAGAAAUAUAAUUAUUAUUUUAUCUAAAGACAUAUUUAAAUAAGUAUUAUAUAUAUUAUUUAAGUUCUUUAGUGCCUUCCAAAAUAUGAAUAAUAAAUUCAUACGAAAUGAUAAAAAAAAACACAAACAAUUUUUGUUUUGUUUUUUAUCAUUAUGAUGUUUAUUAAUUUGUGAACCUGAUUAAAAUAAUGUGUUUGCUCAUAAAACUUCAUAUUUUGUGUAAGGUGCUUCAAAAUGAAGAUAAAACACAAAAUUUUAAAAAGUUCUAUGAGUCUCGUGAUCUCAAAGACGCUCCGUUCAAAGUGGUACAUUAGUACCUCAAUCAUGUUUCUAUAAAAUACUAUUUUUAUAUCAUAUACAGGGUGUUAUAUAAAUAUACCAAAAAUGUGCUUUUAUGUGCAAGUGUUGCCUUCGUAUAUAUAAUUAAUAAGAAAAUAAUUAUAAGUCGAGUUUAAUUUAAGAAUUGUUUGUAUGUUGGAUACGACUGUUUUAAUUUAUGAUAGAUUUUAUACUAUUAUUAUUUCAUAAGGUGGGUAUUCGUAGAGUCUAAGCAACUUACUAAUCGUAAUACAAAAUGUACAAAGAUAUUGCUAACUAAACAUAUGACUUAAAUUAAUUAAUUUCAGUUGUGUAUAUUUUAGCAAUUUUAACAUGUAUUUUUUAUAAAAAAAAUAAAAUAAAACAAUAAACAUUAUUAUUUGGAGGCUAAAAUAAGUUAGCAUAAAGUUACUAUCAAAUGAGUCCUAAUGACUGAAAUAAGGGUGUAUUUAUUGCGAAAAUCAAUGAUCUUUUGUUUCUUAGUAUGUUUGUUACGCACCAUUGAGUGGAUUGUUGAGUUUUCUGCACUUGUUGGGAAUUUGUUAUUGAAUAAAUAUUUUACUGUGGUUAAAGCACUUUAAUUAAGGGUUACGGUUAUACCUAAUUUUAAUUAAUAUUAAGUAUUCGUUCGACGUUUAAUGUUAAUGCAUAUCUUAUUAUGCCAGUAACGCACGUGAUAGUGUGUCGUGUUAUACGUUAUAUUAUCACUAUUGCUCCACCAUAUACAUAAUAUCAAGUGAACGGUGAGCGAAGGAUUCAUUUAAAUAGAAAUAUUGUUUUCGAGUGGUACCUAGUUUUGAAAAUUGUUUAUAAUUGACCAAAUAAAUGUGUUCUAAAUAAAAAAA